AUGCAUGCCUCCAUUGUCUCUAUACCGUCCGACGAGGAAACAAACACCCUCUUCAAUCCCCCGGACGACAUCUCCAAAGAGAUCAAUGACUUCAUCAACACACAUCCUCUCUCUGUUUCACUCCGCGCAGACUUCAAAUAUAAAGAAUCUCGACCACACUUGAAAUACCCCGCUGAAUUACGCGCCCACAACCUAACGGGAGGCACUCUCGCGGGGCCAGGACGCAUCGUCGUACCACCAUUCACAUGGAACACGGAAGACGGGAAAUCAUUCGUCUCGAUAUUCUACCUUGGCUCUGACGUUUCUGGCCAUCCGGGUAUCGUUCACGGAGGGCUGUUGGCAACAGUGCUCGACGAAGGGCUGGCGAGAUGCUGUUUCCCCGUCUUGCCUAACAAAGUCGGUGUCACGGCCAGUUUGAGCAUUAACUAUUGUAGCCCGGCGCCGACUGGCUCGUUCUUCGUGAUGCGAGCAGAGACUAUCAAGGCUGAAGGGCGCAAGGCGUGGGUCAAGGGUUGGAUUGAGAGUCUGCCGGACGAUGGGACUGAGCCUACGAAGUUCGUAGAGGCAGAGGCCUUGUUCAUCGAGCCGAAGAGUGCAGCGCUCAUUCCACGUCUCUAUAAAGUGACCUGA